UGACCAAAUUUGGAUCAUUUUUUUUUUUGGGUUCAAAACCAAUAUGAAUCAUAAUUUGAAAUAAAAUAUCUUUUCCAUAUGACACAGUAGGUUAUGGGUACCUUUCUUUUUGCUGCAAGCCCCCUUUUCGUCCUUUUGUCUUUGCACUUUCUGUUUUUAUAUUCUCUGUUAUAAUGAUAUUGUAAAGGGAAUAGCUUGCGGUGUUGGCAAUGUCUUCCGACUUCCUCCUAGUCUCUCUUUCACUUUACACCCCAAAUUCCUUUUUGUAACCUCCAAAUUUUUCCCUCUCUCUCUCUCUCUCUUUUCGGCGGUUAAGCUGCCACAAUCUCUCACCAGACACCCACACAAAAAUAAACAACUCAAUCUUUGUCUCUUAUCCUUCAAACCCAUUUUGAUCAUUUUUUUCUCCUGAAUGUUUCUCAAGAACAGAGCAAACUAAAAUGCCGCUUGUUAGGCUCCAAGUUAGGAACGUCCACGGUUUAGGUCAACCGGAGCUUCACAGAAACGUCGACCCUGAAGACCCUAAAGCAGUUCUUGAUGGCGUCUCCGUUUCUGGACUUGUUGGGAUCUUGCGUCAACUUGGUGAUCUCACCGAGUUUGCAGCUGAGAUAUUUCAUGGAAUACAAGAGGAGGUUAUGAUUACAGCAUCAAGAAGCAAUAAAUUGAAGAUGAGACUAAAGCAAAUAGAAGCUACAGUUCCUUCUAUCCACAAGAAAGUGCUUGCACAAACGAACCACAUUCAUUUUGCAUAUACUGGAGGCCUAGAGUGGCAUCCUCGUAUACCAAAUGUGCAAAAUCACUUUAUAUAUGACGACUUGCCACCGUUUAUAAUGGCUCCAUAUGAAGAUUGCCGGGAGCCUCCUCGGUUGCACUUGUUAGACAAGUUUGAUAUAAAUGGACCAGGGUCUUGUUUGAAGCGAUACUCUGAUCCUACUCAUUUCAAAAGAGCAUCAAGAGUUUCUAAACUUCCAGAAAUUAAGAAGAAAAAAUCAUUACAACGGAAUCGAGAUAUUUCAAGUCUUGCCUCUAUAGCUAACCAGAGUGACAGGACGACAAUUACUUCUUUAAGCUUCAGUGGACGAACCUCUUGCUCUAAAACAGUCUCAACGAUGGAAAUAGAAUCAAAAUCCGACUUGCAAGAUCAUCGUUCUUUAUCUUUCGAUAACAGAAGCGGUGGAGAUAAAUUGAAGGGUGUAUCUUCUUCUUCUUCAAGGUUUACACCUGGUUCCCGGACCAUUGCUUCAGUACUUCUUUCUGAAAGUGAAAGUGAAGAUACAAAUGAUAGUCCUUCUCAAGAUUUAGCAGCUCGUGGUUCGUCUACCGUUAGUUGGCAUGAGAAAGCUGAGAUAGUGGAGGAAUGCAAUGUUCUGCAAUGUGCAACAGAUGAAGCUCCUGAACUAAUGGAGACCAACUCUGUCUUUGAUGCUGAGCCGGUAUCAAGACUGAAAGAACAUACAACGGUAGAUGCUGAACUGAUAUCAAGACUACAAGACCAUACAGAGUUUGAAGCAGUCCAAGAUAGGGGAAUGGAAAUGGACAGUGAAGAUGAAACUGAAAGUGAAGGGGAUGAUUUUGUUGAUGCACUUUACACCAUUGAUUCGGAAUCUGACAAUGAUCAAGCGUAUCAAACCACUGAAAAGGUGCAGAAGAACAUUUCCAAUGAGAUUACAGAAGAAAGAUUAGAUAAAAUUGUGUGUGAGCAAGAAACAGAGAAGAUUACUAACAUCUUUAGUGAUGAUGAGUCCAUAUGUGCUGCUGCAACAGAGCUACAUUUAUCAUCACCGGUAAGUAAAUCUCAAGAACUGAUUCAUCAAGAUCCAUGGGCGGCUUCGGAAAUAAGCAGUGGCACUCAUAGUUAUUCCAAUGGCUUCUCAAAUCCCUUGUAUGAUAUUAGUGGUAUCCAAGAACAUCAAGAAUCAGAAGAAGCUGAGAGUUCUUGUGACACAGAAUCCAUUAAAACAUGGACUAAUGGAAAUCUACUGGGACUGCAACCAUCUAAACCGAAGAUUGUAGCCGAAGCUAUUCCAGAAAUUGUUGAAGAGACUGAUACUGAAAACUUCCAAGAACCCUUGAGAGAAGAUUACAAGGCUCAUUUUGAUUGGUUUACUUCAUCUCCUCCACUUGAUCACAUGAAGAUAUCUUUCAAAUCCUCAGAAACCUUACCUAGUUCCGAACUGGAGCUGAAAUUUCCAGAUGAUUACACAUUUUCUUCGUUUCAGUUAGUGCCAGAGACUACUGCUACUUCACUUCCUGAUUCUGAUUCAGACAAGGACACUUUUUGUAGAUCAUCUUCUUACAUUUCAGAUAAUAGCGACAAUGACAAUCGCUCUGUGUCGUUGUCUGAGCAGCAGUGGGAAGAAGAAUCAGAAGAAAUCCGUGAAAGCAAGAACCAACAAGAGCUCUAUGAUUCUUUUCACAGAACCAAUCCUGAAGAUUCUUCUCUCUCAGCACCAUCUACAAAGAUUGAAACAGCAAAUGGUUGUUUAGUUGGAAAUGUCUCGUACCUCCAAAAUCCAGCUGAGCCAUUACCACCGCCUCUCCCACCUUUACAAUGGAUGGUUUCAAAGAUACCAUCCUCAGAGAGAUUCGAGGAUAACAACAAGCCGUCUCUAAAGGACGCUCUUAUGCGCGCGUUCGAACAGAACAACAAGUCUUUACAUGCAGUCAAGAAAGAGGAACCUAACAUUGUCACUGUUUCUAAUCCUAAACCAGAAAUCAAGGUACAUCUUAAGAACAAAGUGAGAGACCAUAAGCAAAGCCAUGGCAACGCAAAAGAGACAGAAGCUGGAGACUUCUUGCAUCAAAUCCGAACAAAACAAUUUAACCUGAGACGCGUGGUCACGACAAAGACAGCAUCAUCGGAAGCUACGAUGAACACCAAUAUUAGCGUGAUUCUAGAGAAGGCAAACUCUAUCAGACAGGCUGUAGCAAGUGAUGAUGGAGAUGACGAAAGCGAUUCAUGGAGCGAUAGCGACACGUGAUAUACUAGUUGCGUUUCACCAUAUUCAUUCCUUCUUAUAUGUUUAAUGUGUAGUAGAUAUCUAGGUCGAUUUUGUCGUGCGUUUGUAUUUUUAUCUUCAACAAAGAGAGAUAUAUAGGUUCUGAAUAAAUAUAAUUUUAUAACUAUAUAAGAUGGAAUCAGUUGGUGACUUA